UGUUGCCCGGAGGCGGGACGAGCGCGCCGGGCGGAAGUCGGCCGCCCGCUCGGUCCCGGCCCUGCCCGCAGCGAGGCCCCAGCAUCCGCGGGACCCCGAACCAGCCCGCACCGGGUCCCGCCAGCCCUUCAGUCUCAUGCCCGUCCAGCCCUCCGACCCCCUGGAAUGGAAUGAGUCUAUGCACUCCCUCCGGAUAAGUGUGGGGGGCCUUCCGGUGCUGGCGUCCAUGACCAAGGCCACGGACCCCCGCUUCCGUCCCCGCUGGAAGGUCAUCCUGCCGUCCUUCGUGGGCAUUGCCGUCCUCUGGCUGCUCUGCUCACACCGACCGGCCCCAGGCAGGCCCCCGCCGCCCAGCGCCCACAACUGGCGGCUCGGCCAGGCACCUGCUGACCCGUACAAUGACACGUACCCCCUGUCAGCCCCCCAGAGGACUCCGGGCGGGACCCGGUACCGAAUCGCACUUAUCGCUGACCUGGACACAGGGUCAAAGGCCCAAGAGGAAAACACCUGGUUCAGUUACCUGAAGAAGGGCUACCUGACCCUGUCCAACAGUGGGGACAAGGUGGCCGUGGAGUGGGACAAGGGCCACAAGGUCCUGGAGUCCCACCUGGCGGAAAAGGGGCGGGGCAUGGAGCUGUCGGACCUGGUCGUCUUCAAUGGGAAGCUGUACUCCGUGGACGACCGGACAGGGGUGGUCUACCAGAUCGAAGGCACCAAGGCCGUCCCCUGGCUUAUCCUGUCCGAUGGCGAUGGAACCGUGGGGAAGGGCUUCAAGGCCGAGUGGAUGGCUGUGAAGGACGAGCAUCUGUAUGUGGGCGGCCUGGGCAAGGAGUGGACCACCACGGCGGGGGAGGUGCUGAACGAGAACCCGGAGUGGGUGAAGGUGGUGGGCUACAGGGGCAGCGUGCGCCACGAGAACUGGGUGUCCAGCUACAAUGCCCUGCGGGCCGCUGCCGGGAUCCGGCCGCCAGGCUACCUCAUUCACGAGUCCGCCUGCUGGAGUGACGCGCUGCAGCGGUGGUUCUUCCUGCCGCGCCGGGCCAGCCACGAGCGGUACAGCGAGAAGGACGACGAACACAAGGGCACCAACCUGCUCCUGAGCGCCGCCCAGGACUUCGGCGACGUCUCCGCCAGCCGCGUCGGGGAGGUCGUCCCCACGCACGGCUUCUCCUCCUUCAAGUUCAUCCCCAACACCGACGACCAGAUCAUCGUGGCCCUCAAGUCCGAGGAGGACGGCGGCCGGAUCGCCACCUACAUCAUGGCCUUCACACUCGACGGACGCUUCCUUCUGCCAGAGACCAAGGUCGGAAAUGUUAAGUACGAAGGAAUCGAGUUUAUUUAAACUCUAAAAAUGAAGCCAUGGAGCGAGGCCGAGGGGUGGACGGUUUUAAGCUACAUCAGGACUCAAAUUGUAUGAAAACCGGCGGUCUGCACUUUUCUGUGGUGUUUUGUUUUGCCCCUUUUCUUUCCGCGACUGAGGGGUAGAUCGUGUUAGCGCUCUCGCCCCAGAGCAGGGAGGCCAGGCCCAGGCCUGUCAUCCGCCAGGCGGAUUUGUCAGCGGCCCGGCCGCGCCGCACGCCUCUCUGCGCUGCCAUCUGCUGGUCCCAGCUGACCACUGUGCCCUCGCCCUGGGCCCGUCCUCUGAUUCAGCCUGCCCUCCUUCCCGCUGACCCCCCUUGCUUUUCUUUCCGUUUGCUCUUUUGUUCAAUAAAUAUUUCUUGAGCUCCUGCUGUGUGGUAAGCACUGUGCCCCCUCUGGGGACACGACAGCGAGUCCAAAGUGCACCUUCCCCUCAGCAACUCCCAGGCUGCCCCUUUCUUCCUCCUGAACUUCGGGCAUUACAGCCACCCCCCCAAGUCCUUGGAAAGAACCUGUUUACACUGCAGGGCGUUGGUCACAGGGCUGUGUGAGCGAGGGCAGGCAUCUGGGAACACGUCUGCCCGCAGUGCUGCAGGAAAGGGCGCCAGCCCAUCGAGUGUCCCCAAGCCUCACAUUAAACAGCCUCCAUGUCAUGUGGCAGAGUCCAUAUCCUCCCUGCAGGAAAAGGCUGUGGCUACACUGCACUUUGAAGUUUUAAUUAUAAACUUAUUUUAAUUAAAGCAACUUCCUUUCUCAUAAAAGGGAAUCACCAAAUCUUAAUCACACAGAGUCAAGUUCCACAGUUAACGAAUUCAUCACCAGCUGCGGAGGAAAUUGUAACGAAGCAGUUACUCUUGGUAAGGCAAGUUUUUAAACAUGUGUAAACCCUUGGCCAAAGGAUGCAAAGAUAAAAAAAACAUUGCCUUCUUCUAGCAACAGAAACUCAUGCCUUUAAAGCCUUCGUGAAUGACUUGAAUUUUGUUUCCUGGCUGGCUGGGACCCUAGGUUCCGGCGCACCUCCCCCGGGCCCGGCCGCUGGGCGCCUUGUUUCUGGCGGCUGUGGACGAGGCAGGCCUGGCCCUGGCCCUUUGUGUCUCCCCUUCCCUGUGGGAGUUUUGCAGCCUCCUCUCCACGAAAACUCCUCACACAAACUUGGGUUUGUCUGAGCCCCUGUGGUCUCCGCUCGAUGCUGCAGGGUGAAGGCAGAGGGUUUGCGACGGGUCAGCCAGGACCAAAGCUGAGGAGGGCGCCUCCCCGAGAAGCUACCUCACCCCUCAAGAGAACAUGGGGCGCCGUUGCGGUGGCCCAAGAAGGGCCAUCUUUUGAGCUCUGGCUGUUACUGUGUGGACCCCUGUUUCACAGGCUUUCCUACGUUGAAACUUGAAUCAGCCACCUGGAGGGAACCCAGUAAGGGCCCCGCUUCUUUACGCCAGACGUCUGUUUCUUCCAUUGUAAAACAAAUCACGAGAGAACGGAAAACAAGCUAUUGAAUGUGACACAUUUCUCUGGAGCUCGGUGCCCACUAGACACGUCUUUUCUGACUCUGCCUGGCUGGGCUCCCUGACCCACCUCCGUGAUAAAUGGCAUUGAUGUUAGGGCUGUGUGAGUUUAAAAUACAGAGACGAAAUUAGGAAGGCUGGAGGACUUGGGAGAGUCCCCAAGUGGAGACCUCCCUGAAGCAUUAACGUUGAUGCCUCAGCCACCCGCUGGGUGCCCAGAAGCACCAUUGCAGUCAGUGAUUUUCAAAUAUUUUCAAGCUAGCCUUUUCCCCUCUGUAUUCGCUGCUGUAAGCAUAACGAUUGUGUUUCUUCCUCCUGGAGCCAUUGUUUUGUAAACAAUAAAGUGCCAGAGGGUCUGAAUGA